AUGGCCUCGCAGACCCAGCUCGGUGCAGGCAAUGCACAAAAGCAAUUAAAGGGUUUCAAGCAUCGAGAUCCUCGAUUCCGUUGGCAGCAUCAGAUCAAUGACAGCAGUCAGAAGCUUCUACUCGAGGUGAAAGAAGCCGCAGUCAAUGUCGCGAUCGAGCAUGGCAGCAGAAUUGCCAGACAUAUACAGACACUAAUUCAAGCAUCGACCUCUUCCAAUACUCCAACAACAGAUGUGGCUAUUGAUGAGCUGCAAGAUUGGAUAAAUCGAUACAAUGCGGCUUGUUCAAACCACAAGAACUCCCAGAUUUAUGUUGGCGUCGCGGGCAGUACCGGUGCUGGGAAGACAUCGAUACUCAACGCACUUCUCGACAUACAGGAUAUCUUGCCUGCAAGCAACGAGGAAGCAUCAAUAUCUGCCGUUUGCUUUGUUGCCUGGAAUGAUGAUGACACAGCCGGCCAUGAUUUCAGAGCUGAGGUUACUUUCAAAGAUCGCGAUUCUUUUGCGAAAGAACUUGAUCUUUUCUUUCUCGAGUUGAAGGAUGCCGGUGAUGGGGAAGAUGACAACGGUAAGAACGACAGUGAUGCUUCCAAUGAAGACGAACAAGAUGAGGAGCAAGUUGCAGCCGACUCAGCCACCGCACGAGGUCUAAGUCAGGUGCCUGCAGAAUCUAUUGAAUGGCUUGAGAAGAUCGAGGACUUAUGCGGACUGACUGAAGAUGAGAUUCUCAAUGAAUCCACUGAGAGUUUGUUGGAUCGCAAUCCGGAGUUCUUGAAGCUGCUUGGGACGACUAAGGUGAUCCACGACUCGGAUGCCAAGGCAUUUGCCACGAAUGUCAGACCUUACCUAGAUGCAUCAAGUGCUGAGCAUUUUGAGGGUGGUCGCGAAUUCGCUGCCUCCCCACUCAUCAAGGAGGUUCGGAUCUACAUGAAAGCAGACAUUCUCCGUAACGGUAUCAUCCUCGUUGAUCUUCCUGGACUUUCUGAUGCUUCCGAGAGCCGCCAGGCGAUAGCUCAGAAAUACUUUUCACAGCUCACACUCACUGUUAUUGUUGCGCCAAUUCGUCGAGGCGCGGAUGAACAAACAGGUUGUGAUCUGAUGUCCGAAAACCAGGAGCUGUCCAUGCAAAUGGAUGGAAAAUUCCACAAGAAAGGUUUCUGUGUCGUUUUGUCGAUGAUGGAUGCUAUCGAGGUCAACGGCUACUUGGCGCAGCACAAACGGGAGGCUAAGAACGAUGAGGAACUCCAAGAAAAGCUGGACAUGCUCGCAAAGUUCACUGAUAACUUGAAGAAUUUGAAUGAGCAACGCAAGAAGGAGCAUCAGAAGUACCGAUCGUUGAAAGCUGCGUGCAAUCGGGCCAACUUGAACGUGGCCAAAGCAAGCAAAUCAGUCCGGAUCCGGGCUCUACAAAACUACAUGCACUUCUGGUGCAUCAGAGCCAGAAAUCGACUUCUUCACAAUCGUAUCCAGAGAGAUUUUGCACGUCGUCAGAAGGCCAUUAUGUCGGCUAAACGAAAAGAUCUAUAUGACGGCACAGUGAACAUCUUCCCUGUGAGUGCUUCGAGCUACUGGGCUAUCCCGUAUGCCAAGAAGCAUGGUCAAGACGCCCCGCUUGGCUUCCCCGAAGUCACAUAUACAGGAAUCCCUGCCCUGAAGGCGUGGCUACAAGAAGCAACCAUGGAGGAACGGAGCAAGCAUCUCGGUACAACGCUCAACACCUUCCUUGGUCUGUUCAAUGGUAUGAAGACUUGGUCUAGUGAUGAAUGGAUCAACCUUCAAGCUCACCUGGACCCGGCCUUCAUCAAGCGUGAAUUGUUAGAUAAACCUCUAAAGGAACUCGAAUCAAAAAUCGACCCGAUAUGGAGGGAUUUGGACAAUAAGAUCAACAAGAUCGACCCAACCGCUGUCAAGAACAAGAAAGCAACGCUCAACAAAUGCUGGAAUAAUUGCGUAGCACAGGUCAAGAGAUGGAAUACAAAAGAUCCGAGGAAGUUGAGGUGCAAAGAGAAGAUUCACUUUCAUUCGUAUGGUGCAAGUCUCAAUCGACAUGGUGGCUCCUUCGUCAGCAAAGGAAAGGGCAACGUCCCAUACCACUGGAAUAUUGAUUUGGCGAGCAUUUUCCUCAAGAUAAUCGUUGAGAAUUGGAAUGCGGCCUUCAACGAAAAAAUCCCAGACCUUGAGGGGCCAGCGCUGACAGCCAUUGAUAAAGUAUGGUUGGCCUUUCUCGAAACACUUCGCAACAGAGCUCAGUUCAGCGUCAAAGAUAUCAUCCCCCUUCUCGAUGGACAGAAGGAUAUUAUGACGGACAUCAAGGACGAGAUUCAAGACAAGCUUGAGGAAGUGUUCAGGGGUAUUAGUCGCAGCGCCUCGAACUCUCAUCCAGACAUUCCACUCUAUAUGCAAUCGCGCUUCAAGCCAGCGUACUUGGAAGCGCUGGAACAUACGAAGAAGGGCCAGUUGAAGGCCAGACAGGCCAUUAUCGAGGCGCAUGCGAAAGAGAAGAGUAGAUCGAUGUACGCCGACGCCUUCACAGAACUUGAGUCAAAGGUUGAAGAUCACAUGGGGGAGCUUCCCGACAAGUUCCGCGACAUUACAGCCUUUGCAAAGAGGCGCAUUGAGAAGCACAUCACGUUGCUGCUCAGCACUGUGGGAACCAACAACAAAUCCUUACACCAGGCGGACGACGACACGAAGAAUUUCAAGGAGCAGUCACGCAGAGCCGUGCGCGGAAUCAUCGCGGAGUGGGAUGUUCUUUGGCGGAUUGGCGCAUUCGACGAGUCGUUCCUGCAGAGCGGCUCCACGAACAUCCCGGAGCAAGUCACUGAUGGAAGCAUUCUCGAGGACGCUGCUGGCAAAGACAAGGAUGGUGCUGAGAAAGACAAGGACGGUGACAGCGAUGUGGAUAUGGAUCUUGAUGGCGAUGAUGAGGAUGAUGACUUGGAGUAG